GCGGCGUUCGAGAGCUCUCGAGGGACGACGCGGGGAGCGCGCGGGCGCGUCGCGGGCGUCCGUCGAGGUCGCUGUCGCGCGUGUGGCGCGCGUCCGCGUGUGCGCGCGCCGCGCUGGAAAGUUCCCGCGCUUUCAAGUCAGGCGCGUUCUUUACAAAAGUUUUCACCCAUCUCCCGGUUUCAACAUUUGAUCGCGUCUACUUUCAACUGACCGAUGAACUUUUUUGUUGGGGUCAGCCUGGCCGCGCGCUGCGCACAGCCAACGAACAAGAUGAUGUCGAACGAUCGAUCCUCCUCCCGUCCUCGUCACAACGCGCGGCCCCGCGCCACGUCGCGUCGUCGUCGUCGUCGAGACCAUGCCCGGCCCGCCGACGCCGAACAUGUUCGACGGGCACCUCUCGCCGAACCACCAGGUCGCGAUGUCGCCACCGCGCGCGUCCUCCUUGGGUCGCGACGUCGUGUCCCGCGCGUCCCCGACCGGAUCCCCGAUCGCGGCGCGCGACGGCGACCGCGACGCGUACUUCUCGCAGCUCCUCGAGCGGAACUGCAGCGUCGGGAAAGGUCGCCGCGCGGACGGCGGCGGCGUCCCGGGGGACCCGAACGCGGUCUACGGCGGGCUCGCGAGCGCGAUCGACGAGCGCGUCGAGCGAUGCGGUGGCGGCAAAGAACCGUUCCUCAUCGGCGUCGCGGGAGGCACCGCCUCGGGGAAGACCACGGUGUGCGACCUCAUCAUGCAUAACCUCCAGGAGAAGCGCGUCGUGCUCAUCGCGCAGGACUCGUUCUACCGCGGGCUCACGCCGGAGGAGCACGCGAACGUGACGUCGUACAACUUCGACCACCCGGACGCGAUCGACACGGGCGCGUUCACUCUCACACUUGUCCCCGUACGACAGCGUCGGCGCGGCGCGCUCGUGAAGAUUUUGAAAGAUUUAUUGCUCCGAAACCCGGUGGAGGUGCCCGUGUACGACUUCGUGACGCACUCGCGCGGGGAGGAGACUAUCCGAGUAGAGCCCGCGGACGUCAUCAUCAUCGAGGGGAUCCUCGUGCUCGCGAUGGAGGAGGUGCGCGACCUGUGCCACAUGAAAAUUUUCGUCGACACCGACGACGACUUGCGGCUGGCGCGGCGGCUGAAACGCGACACCGUGGACCGCGGACGCAGCGUCGACGGCGUCAUCUCGCAGUACACGACGUUCGUGAAGCCGAUGUUUGACACGUUCGUGAGCCCUUCGAAGAAGUACGCGGACGUGAUCAUCCCGUGGGCGCAGGGGGAGAACUCAGUCGCGAUCGACCUCAUCGUCCAACACAUUCGAACGAAGCUCGGACAAAACGACCUGCGAAGAAUCUACCCCAACCUCAUCGUGUUGCCUCCGAACUUUCAAAUUCGAGGCAUGCACACGAUCAUUCGGAACGCGCGGUGCCACCGCGCGGACUUUGUGUUCUACGCGGACCGCCUCAUUCGCUUGGUCGUCGAGCACGCGUUGGGACACUUGCCGUUUAAAAACGAAAUCGUCAAGACUCCCAACGGCGACGUCUACAACGGCGUGACGUUUAGUAAAAAAAUAUGCGGCGUGUCCAUCAUACGGUCCGGGGAGGCGAUGGAGAACGCGCUGCGGGCGUGCUGCAAGGGGAUCAAGAUCGGGAAGAUUCUCAUCGAGCGAAGAGACAGGGAGGGGACCGCGGAUCUCGCGGUGUUUUCGCCGCCGCCGAGCCAGCGGCCGAGCCGGCACUCGUCCUCCGCGGUGACGAUGGUCGCGUCGCUGGAAGACGGAACGUCAACCGACGCGAUGAGCGAUUCACCCCCCCUGAAGACGCCGCGGGUCAUCUACGAGAAGAUGCCGAGCGACAUCGCGGAUCGGUACGUGCUGCUGCUGGAUCCGAUUCUCGCCACGGGGGUGUCGUCGAUGUCAGCGAUCGACCGCCUCAAGAGCUGCGGCGUGCGAGAGGACCGCAUCAUGUUCGUCACCGUGAUCGCGGCGUCGCAAGGGAUACACGCGCUCGCGAUGCGGUACCCGCAGAUGAAGAUCAUCACGUCCGAGGUGGACGCCGGGUUGAACGACGACAACAGGGUCGUCCCGGGCGUCGGCGAGUUUGGGGACAGAUACUUCGGGACGGAGGAUCACCGAGAGAAGAAGUAGAACGGAGACUUCGGGGACGACGACGACGACGAGGGCGAGGCCGUCGUCGGGCUGGAGUGACGCGUCGGGUGACGCGUUAUUGACUGGCGCGUUGGCGCUGUGGUGUGUUGUCUCGGCGCGCGCGGUCGGUGUAUUCUUCUAUCUACUAGAACCGCUC